AUGCAGAUUCCUCAACUGUUGAUCACCAACACUCAAAUAUCCAAUCUAGAAGGAUUUCUGUGCAAUGGAUCGAUCUAUUUGCUAUCACCGAGACGUAUCAAUGACGGUUAUAUUGAUUGUUUGUCUGGUGAAGAUGAACGAAAUCAACACUAUGAAAUGAUUCAGCCAUAUCGCUAUCGAUGUUUGGAUCCAUUGAUUAGACAAUAUGUCAGUUACCAGCAGUUGGGCAAUGAAAUCGAAGAAUGUUCAGAUGGAAGUGAUGAACUUUCUGAUGAACUACAUUGGCCUUUCUUUCGAUGCGAAUUUGAAGAUGAAUAUGCUUGUUGGGUAUUGCGUGGUACCGGUCUCGAUAAUAAUGAUCGUAUUAAAGAUGUUCGACUUCUUUUCCAUCGCCAUUGUGAUUCGAUCUGGGAUACGAGAGAUGGUCGAGAUGAGAAAAAUUGUUCACAAUGGAUAUGUGCUCUCGGAAUGUAUCAAUGUCAAGGUACUGGACAAUGCAUUAAUCGAACACAAUUGUGUGAUGGCGAAUUUGAUUGUGAUAAUGGUGAAGAUGAGUUAAAUUGUUCAAUAACAAAACUUCAUUGGUCACUCGAAGAUCAAUGUAAUAAUUCGAGAGAACACUUUUGUAUUACGUUCGAAUUUCUUUCAAAUCAAACAUUGUAUCGUCCGUGUAUAGAUUAUUCGAAAACAGGCGAUGGAUUCAUUGACUGUAUUGGCGGAAGAGAUGAACGCAACGUGUUUUCAUGUUCAGAUCAUCGAAUGUUAGGUGAUCGUUUUCUAUGUGACAAUGCGACAAAAUGUUUGGGUCAUACAGUCAUUUGCAAUGGUAUUAAUGAGUGCUUCGAUCAAACAGAUGAACUUAUUUGCUUCUGGAAUCGAUAUCCAUGUCGUAUGGGACAGUUUGCCUGUUUCAAUGACAGCAGCUGCCACAAUAGUCGUUGUAAUUCGAAUCAGACUUGUUCUAAAAAUGAACAUUUGUUUUGGUGUCCGAAUUCAAAAAAUGCACUAGAAACUACCUAUCGAUCAAGCAAGAUUCGUCGUCUUUCGAACUACAAUUCGUUUUGUAAUAGUUUUUCGCUGGCUUUUACACCACCGACCACAAUUCUUAGAGCUACCUGUUCGGGCAACAAAUUAAACUUUGAUUUUCAUGGAUUUUGCAAUCGUGGUUUCUUUUUGAUGACCGGCAAUGACACACAACCUUCUUGCUUUUGUCCGCCCAGUUUCUAUGGAAACCAGUGUCAGUUUAACCGUCGGCGUAUUACUAUACGCAUUCGUUUUGAUCGAAGACAUCGCUCAGACAUACCACCAGUACUUCAUAUUCUUGUCUUUUUACUAUAUAAUGAAACAUUGAUAAUUGAUCAUCAACGAUUUGUCGACGUUGAUCAAGAUUUUCCACCGAAACACAACGCUUACUUACUGUACUCACGUCCCAACUUGACUGGAAACUAUUCAGUUCGAUUUGAAGCCUAUCAUAGUCUUGAACUAGUAUCGAUAUGGGAAUAUUCAAUCAAUACUAUCGGAUAUCUUCCUGUAUUUCGAUUAGCCAAAAUACUUCGAUUUCCUGAUCGUUCAUUACCAUGGCUAUGUCUUAAUAAUCUUUGCAGGAAUAAUGGAACAUGUUAUGUUAUCGUCAAUCAGAAUCCAAAUCAGUAUUUAUGUCUUUGUCAACAUGGUUGGAAAGGCAAAUUGUGCAAUGAAUCUCUUGAAGAAAACAACUGUGCUUUACACGCUCUUGUCCGCAGUGAGAAUGUAUGCGUCUGUCCACAUGGAUAUCUUCCACCUCAUUGUUUCGUGCGUAAUACUAUUUGUGAUCAGAAAUAUAGCACUUGUACGUCAGACGAAAUCUGUUCACCUUUCUCUGUUUUACCUCCACAUGGAUAUACAUGUUUGUGCAAUGGAUCCAAAACUUGUAAAGCCCAAGAAUCUAUUUUGGUACUUAAUCAACAAAAGACCAAUGAGCAAGCACUUCUUCUACAGUUGCUCAAAUUUUCCUCUGACUAUCCACGACUACGACAACAAAUAUUGGUUUCGAAAUCAACCGAUUUUCCUGUUCUGGGAUUGAUCAACUUACGAGAUACAAGAAAUAAACGAAGUGUGCCCGAAAUGGGUCUUUUGUAUACAUUUGAACCUCAAACGGUCUUUGUUGCUAUUCAUCUUAGUAUUCUUUAUAUUAAUUGCAGCAACACAUUGCGAAAUUUAAGUAUCGAUCUUGAUUUACAACCUCUACAGUGUACGGAAAUCUUCGAACAUCCAUCCGCCAAAAUUUUUCAUACUUUUUGUCGUCGGUCUGACUAUCGUCCAUGCUUCUAUACGAAGAAUUACGUUUGCUAUUGUAGUGAAAAGACAAAUCGAAGCGAAUGCAUGUCAUAUGAGCAACGCAAUAUGGAUUGUUCCUAUUGUAUCAAUCAAGGUUAUUGCAUUCAAGGCAAUCUUCAAAAUAGAAGUGAUUUCGCUUGUGUUUGCCCAAAAUGUGUAUCGGGUGAUCUCUGUCAAUUUGCCUUUAGUCGUUUUUCUAUUAACUUCGAAAUGCUCAUCGAACAAAUACGAGGUGAUUAUGCUCAUUUAAUUGGACCCAUGAUUUUCUUUUUCGUUGGAUUGAUCUUUAACGGUUUGGGUAUUGUCACGUUUAAACAACAACAAGCACGAAAAGUUGGCACUGGUCUUUAUCUUCUCGCCAAUGGAAUCAUCAGUCAAUUUGUACUCGUUCUCUUGCUAGCUCGAAUUACUUAUUUAGUUCUCGCUCGACAAAUCACAAUCAAUGCUGUUGCAAACAAAAUUUUAUGCAAAAUAUUGCCCUAUUUGAUGACAGCAUUUAGCAAUACUAGCAUGUGGCUCAUGACUUUUGUCACUGUGGAGCGAGCAUUGAUAGUCACUUGGCCCACUCGAUUUCGAUUAUUUCGUACUCCUCGAUGCGCCAUAAUUUUAAGUACUAUAACGUUUAUGGGCUUAUUUAGUUCUCUUUAUGCGUACGUCAUUGAAUAUAAAUUGGUUAUUCAUCCUGAUUAUGUAUAUGCGAGCUGCGUCAGAGAGAUUCCACUAGAUCGAAAGAUCAUUGUUCAAUAUACUUCUCUUGCACACCAAAUUAUUCCUUUUCUGAUUAAUUUCAUAGCUGGAAUGACGGUCAUCAUCAAUAUUGGCCGUUCAAAAGCGACCAGUCAUCAUAUAUCAACUUGUAAUACUAUUGUUGAACAAAUUCGUCAACGAGCUGACCUACUGACUAUAGUUGAUUCGCAGGAUAAUCGAUCACCAGAGUAA